UCUCGAUUUUGUCUUGAGUGCCUGACCCUCCCGUCCAUCCGUUGGCUUCCUGUCCUCCCUCGCGAGUUGCAUCCAUUAGCCUGCUCCAUCACUACUCCUUGCUCCUACCAAAUUCACCCCUCCUAAUUCUUCUUCUCCCCAAUUUCAAUUCAUCAUUGAGAUUUCAAUAUCAAAACUCCCAUCAAUCUCCUAACUUUCAGCUUCUACAAUUUUCUUCAUCUGUUUUUUAUUUUCUCCCCAAAUUUCCCUGCUUUUCUUCUUUCUUUCUUCCACCCUUCCACAAAUUUCAUCUGGGUAUCUCCCAAAAUGGGUAAAAAUCAAGCUUACAAAGCUAUGCAAAGAUCCAGGGUGGGGUCCAGCCAUGCUGAUCCUGACGCAGUUGAAGAUGGAUUGGUGGAUGGUUCAUUUCAUACACCAGAGUGGCAUGCUGCUCGUUUGGCUAACUUGAAAACCUCUCACACAGUCACAUGGGAAGAGUUCAAAAUGAAGCAAAAGGAGGAAGCAUUGAUAAGGGGUGAACAGGAAGCCGACAAAGACAGAAUGAUGAGAGAAUACAGGGCUCAACUAGAUGCGGAAAGAGAACGGAAGCUUUCUCAAGGAAGAAACCAUUCUAGUAGCAAGUCAAAAGACUCUAAACAUAAAAAAGAUAAAGAUAAGAGCUCAAAAAAACGUUCCAGCAAAAAGAGAAAGCACUCACGGAGAAAAUCUCCAGAUUCUAGCUCCUCAAGUUCAUCUUCUGAAUCUUCAAGCAGUGAGGAUGAAGAGAGAGAAUCAAGAAGGUCGAAAUCUAGGUCAAAGAAAACGAGGAAGGAAAGAAAGCACAGGUCUAGAAGCAGGCAUUCUAGUACUACUGAUGACGAGGCUGCUGGUCCAUUACCACUUUCUAGGUUUUUUGGAAGCGUGAAGAGCUCAUGAACCAGACUAGACGAGUAGAACCAACUUGUAGCAUUUUUAGUUGUGUCAAUUUACAGGGAAUUUGAUUUAUGGAUUCUGGUUUCUUGCUCCAUAUCAGAAUAUGUUGAUUUAGUAUUAUGUAACUAUAUGUAUUUUUAGUGAGCAGGGAAAUUCUUUUAUAUGUCAACAAUACCACCCAUCUUCAAAUCUGUGGGUGGAUAUUGAAACAUACAUGAAAUUUACUCCCUUGAUGUUGCAUUUUUGUAUUCUUCUGUUUUUCGUUCAAUAAAGAAUUGUGACUUGAGUGUUUCUAUA